AUGGCACACCACAACAUCGGCGAGCACUCGCCCUUCCUCAAGCGCGUCCUAGUCCCAUUUUGGGUGAUUAGGAUAAUCAUCAUGGUGGUUAACAUCGGCCUGCUGGCGCUGAUGAUCGGAGCCUUUGCGUACAUCAACAACCGCCGCGACAAGUACAGCAACGAGCUGAACGACGUCCAGAGGGAGCUCGACGAGCUCAAGUCGGACUACAACGCCCAGCAGGCCCUCGGCGUCAUCAUCGCCAUCCUGUCGGUGCAGAUGGUCUUCAUCGCCCUCUGCCUGCUCGGCGACGUCGUCUGCAUCGUCAAGCGCACCCGCCGCACCCUGACGCCCAAGUUCUUCCUGGGCGUCAACGUCUUCCAGACGCUCUUCUGGCUCGUCAGCUUCAUCCUGAGCAUGAUGGGCGCCAGGAGCGGGACCUCCAUUGCCAUCAACGUCAUCGUCUUGCUUUCCUUCGCCGGCCUCCUCGUCUACGCCUCCAUCGUCUUCCACCAGUGGCGCACCGGCAAGCUGCCCAGCCCCAUCGAGAGCCACCAGAUGAUGGGCAAGAACAACGUCGAGACCGGCUACAGCCCGCAGACUAGCUACAACCAGCAGCCCCAGUACGGUGGAGCCCCUGCGCCCAAGCCCAACCAGUAG